AAAUGUAUUUGUAAUAAAGAAAAAAAAUAACAACAACGACGAUUUAUUCAAUUUGUCAACAACGUAAGGAACGUCUUCCAAAAUUAUAGUAAACGUUAUCUAGGCCUACUAGCAAAACGAAAUAUGGCAACUGAAAGAAAAACGGAUGGCGAAAUAAGUAAAGAUGAAGAGAUAGCAGCAGUAGAGAAGAUGUUACAUGAUUGGCGGUUUAUCUUGCUACAUGUAGAUAGGUGGUUGAAAUGGGAACAGGAUUCGUACCCAGGCAUCAUGGCGGGAUGUGUCAGUGCACUAUUCUUUGCAAUUUGGUACCUGGAACCCUCAAUACUUACCACUGUCUCUUUGUUAGCCAUGGUUGUCUGUCUCAUUGAUUAUUUCCUACCUCGAGUAUUCACAAAAUAUAUCCACACUGGAGAAUGGGUGCCUGACAACCAGCAGCAGUACCAGCAGAUUUGCAUCGGCAUCGUCAACACCAAGAAUAAAGUGACUAGGUUCACCUCAGAGAUGAAGGAAAUGAAAUCAAACAAACCUAAACAGUAUUGUGCUCUUGUGCUGAUAGUUCUUGGAAUAAUCGCCUUCGUUGGGAACGCAGUUCCUAACUUCUUCCUCACCUACUUAUUUGUGCUAUUCAUGGUAUUGUUACCGGGAUUACAUCACCGCGGUCUUCUUCACAAGUAUUACAGUAUUGCUGUUAAACAAGUUCUUGAAGCUUUGGGACGGAACAAGAAAAAGGAUUAAAAAUGCUGAAUCCCCAUCUGGUAUAUCUUAAUGAAAAUACCAUCUCAUUUGCAUAGUAUCCACCUGUAGUUAAAGGAUAAAUGACUGAUAUCCAUGUUCACUCAUGUUAAGACCUACUCAGACAGCAUUGUAUGAUGCAGUCCGACAUGAUUAUUUGUCGCAUCUAUUAUAAGCUCUGCGUCGGGGAUAGUCACGUUGUAGAAAACAUUUUAAUAUUCUCACGAUGACAUCCGAUUUGAAAAUUGUAGGGUAAUGCCAGUUGAAGAUAUAUGUCCGUGAUGAAUUAAUCGGUAGUGAUUUUCGGUCCAUAAAGAUCAUAUAGGCCUGCAGUAUAAAGCUCUGUUUAGAUUAUCAAAAUUUAUUUAAGAAAAACAUGUGAUAUGCCUAAAUAUGGUCAUGAUGACAUCAUAUCAUGACCAUAUAUAGGUACAACAUGGCUAUAUGGAAUUUUAUUGUGUCACCAUUACCAUUAAAAAAACAAACUUUUAAUUUAAUACUUAAUUGGUUACUUAUUGGCUUUCAAUUGCUAAUUAAUAUAAAAGAAUUAAAUUUUCUCCACCAAAUAAUGCCAUUCCUAUAUACUUCACAUAGACCUUUAAAUUGGCUGGCAGUCAAAAUAAAACAAUUUUAUAAAUCAAGAAAAAAAAAAAUUAAUUACUUUGAUCUGUGGGUUAUUCAAAGUUGAUAAUUUUCUUGAUAAAUAAUAAAGCAGUUAAGUAUAUUUUUUAUUUGCAGGUUUUAUCUGGAUUUAUCACAGACAUUAAAUAAAUAUAAAAAAGCCAAAUUAUUGCAACUGAAUUGAAUAUAUGACAGACAGUAUAUCUUUGAAUCACCCAGUGCAGAACAAAGGUCUUGCCCAUAUAUACCUAUGUUACCAGCACCUCAGCAUUCAGCUAAAGACACAUGAUAAUCAAUAUCUAGUUAUCACAGACAUAUCUUCAACUAGUGCCAUGGUGAUAAAGCAUUAAUAUUAAACUUUGACCCAGAUGAGUGACCCGCGUGAACCCUGAAUGCAUGUAGAGAAAAGUGUGGGCAGGGGCCAUGCAAUGCGCAAAGCAUUGAGCAAGAAUGGGUGAUGUGUGUGCUUUUUGCUUAGAAAUGAAAUUAAAACAGGAAAUUAGCUUGUUGUUGAGUACCAUGUUUUUUCUUUUCGCUUUUGUUUUUGGGAGGGGGCCCAGCCCCAUUACCUCCUCUUGGAUCCCCCCGUGAUUUACCUUAAAUAAAAUAUUUGAACAGUAAUACAAAAAAAGUCAUAGAGUUGAUGUGUGAAAGUUAACUAAAAUGAUUUAUAAAUUUAGACAUUUUUAAACUUUUAGAGGCAGAUGCCAGAAUAAACAUUUGUUGUGCUUAAAUACUUUAUACAUUUUAGUUUGAAUACUACAGUAUGGUAAGAAAAUGCUUUAUCUUUUUCAAAGAUUAUCAUCAAUACAAAGAAAUAUGUGAAAUGCAGUUUAGAAAUAUGGAUUAAUAUAUCAGAUUUCUUGAUGUAAUCACUAUAGGAAUCAAUAUUUUUGGUUUCUGUUAACUUGUUGUGCAAAUAGGUUUUUUUUUUUAGUAUAAACACUAUUGAGGAAGUGAAUUGUAUUGCAGGUUUGUAUACUGAAAAUUUAGGUAUAUACAUUAGUGUAAAGAUUAUAUAUCAUAAUUUAUUGAAAUCUUUAGUUCCAUCUACUGUAUUUUAAGGCAACAGAAGGUGGGAAAUCACUGCGACAGACGGUCAUUAACCGACACCAUUCUAUGAAGAACGCAACGACACGCGCAACUUAUCGUUUUUAAUGGAUCCGUUUUAAUGGACUAAAACCAUGUAAAGAGAAAUUAGUUUCUCAAGCCUAAUUGAAACCCUAUAAAAAAAACCGGAAAAAACUAAAACAGAAAUCCUUAAAAAACUCCUCAAAUAUGACAUAAAUCCAUGAGGAUAGAUUUAACGGUUCACACAAGCAAAAAGGUUACUCGACGAUAGCUGAUAAGCAGGGGCGCUUGCUGAAUUUUCAUACAAAAAUAUAAACACACCAGAUGUGUUCAAAGUACAGAAUAGAAAUUAAUGACCAAUCUGGGGUAAUUGUUGUAUAGGCUGCAGUGGGUUGAAGAUGGUGUGAUCUUUGAUGUGUGUGUUUAAUUUGAUACCAUUUGUUUUCUCCACUAAGCAUGUCAUCCAUGUUUUUUUGCUCUUUGGAGUUUUUUUAUAGUAAACUUCAUUCACGGAAAGAAAUAUUUAAUAAUCUCAUCUCGUAACCAUAUAUUUCACAUAAAAUCAACGUCUUGCAAUGAUGAUUUAUAUACUAAUAUGUACAGUACUUGUUCUUUUAAACGUUUAAGAAAUAUUAAAAAUGAACUUUAUUGUUUUUUAGAGACAAAUAUACAGGAAUUACAUCCACAACCUCGAAACUUAGAAGCUUAGCAUUUGACGACAAUUCCAUUCACAAAAAAUAUUUCUUGUGUUUUGUACUUUUUACUAAUGAAGGCCAUCUCCUGUGCGGUUCACUUAAGGUACUAGCAGCGUAAAGCUUAUUCUACACUAUCAAAUUUUAUGUGACAAAAAAAUGUGAUGUGCCCAUAUAUGGGUACGAUGACAUCAUAUCACAAACUAUCAAAUUGUAUCAAAAGAAGUUGAACGUGUUCUACUCUUAUUUUCCAUCAUAUUUUAUGUGACGCUUUUUGAUUAAAUUUGAUAACUCUGUAGACAAAUCUUAAAGCUCUGUCCAAAUUAUCAAUUUUCUUGCACAAAAAGCUGUUGUAUGCCCAUAUAUGGGCAUGUCACAUGUUUUUUAAAAUAAAAAUGUGAUCUGGACAGGGCUCAAGGCAUAACAUUUUUCAUAUACAUGCUUACGAGCAUAGCUUCCAGCAUAAGGGUGCGGAUUCAAUUUCUAGUGGUGGAUCAAGGAAUUUGGAAAUAGAGAGCCUAGAAACUAAAUUGUACUUACAAUUACAGGUUCAUUUCCAUAAUUAGGUAAAAAGUUGUUUUACACCCUUUUUAAGCCUGUUUUAUACUAGUCAAAUUUAUUUGCUUGAAAGCGACGGUUUAUGCACAUUCUCAUUUCUAUUGGAGUUUUUUGCGUCAGCAAAAUCAGUAGUUCAACCUGUUUCUACUUUUUGCGAAGCAAAAAAAUGUGCAAACAAUGAGAGCUCAGUAAGUGAACCGUCGUUUUCAAUUCGCACAAAUAAAUUCGCUUAGUGGAAAACAGAUUUUAUGCUGGGUAUACAUUGCUAAAAUACUGUAUUUCAAUUUCAUGGACGUCAAAGUCUGAUAAAAUUCCACUGAGUAAUAUGCUUUGCAGUUACUUGUAGCUCUUUGCGAAAUACUUAGCCUACUCCUAAAGCUGGGCACUCACUACGACGCAGUUUUACAAAGAACACAACACGAUUAGUGCUCAACAGAUCAUUUUUGAUGACGAUCCAUUCAGGCCAUUGCCAACAAUCAGUGGAUGGCGUUGCGUCAUCCAUCACUCAAAGGAAGCGGAUUUGGAUACGUCGUGCCUCUAGUCCAUUCUAAAGUAAAAUAUUUAAUUAAUGUAAAAUAGUGCAAAUAUAAUGCUGCUUUUCCACUAAAAUGUUGUGUUGUAUAUAUUGUAAUAUUUUAUAAAAUAAUAAUGUUUCAUGGAUCCUUUACCACGAUCCAUUGAACUUUAUGUACAAUGCCUUGUGUAAGUAAUUUAAUGUUGGUUCUGUACUUUCUUAUUUAGUGGUGAAUUUACUGUGUGCAUAAACAUGAGUCCCAUUUGCCAAAAAUCAGGUUGGCCUCCCACACUCCCUUAAGCAAGCGAGAAUCUC